GUUAUAUUUGAGUCAGGCCGAUUGUACCACUGGGGUUAACACUAUUUUGGUCCAAGUAAUAAGUCCAGUUUUCUAACUCAGGUUGUUUUUUCUCGUCACGACAGCGGGGUAGCUUCUUUAGCUAAGUUAGCUCGCUAGCCGGAGUACGGAGAGCUCAUAAUGCCUACGCUGCGGGACAGCACAAUGUCCCACCCCGGAGAAAACCCUCACCAGGUCCGGGUAAAAGCCUACUACAGAGGGGACAUCAUGAUCACACAUUUCGAGCCCUCCAUCUCCUAUGAGGGGCUGUGCAGUGAGGUGCGGGACAUGUGCUCCAUGGACAAUGACCAGCUCUUCACCAUGAAAUGGAUUGAUGAAGAAGGGGAUCCGUGCACCGUUUCUUCUCAGCUGGAGCUGGAGGAGGCCUUACGUCUCUAUGAACUCAACAAAGACUCAGAGCUCAUUAUUCACGUGUUUCCGUGUAUACCUGAGAAGCCUGGCAUGCCCUGUCCUGGAGAAGACAAAUCCAUUUACCGUCGUGGAGCUCGACGCUGGAGGAAACUUUACUAUGCCAGUGGACAUGCGUUUCAGGCCAAGCGCUUUAAUAGGCGUGCUCAUUGUGCCAUCUGCACAGAUCGUAUCUGGGGCCUGGGCAGGCAGGGAUACAAGUGCAUAAACUGUAAACUGCUGGUUCAUAAGAAAUGCCAUAAAUUGGUGACAGUGGAGUGUGGUAGACAGGUAAUACAGGACCCAAUGAUUGGAAGAAUCGAUCCUGGGUCCAGUCCAUCAGAGCACGCUGAUCAAGUUCUAGACAAAAAGAACUCAACGGAAAGUAUCAAUCACGAGGGAGAGGAGCAUGAGGCUGUGGGCAGUCGGGAGUCCGGGAAGGCUGUGUCCAGUUUGGGGCUUAUAGACUUUGACCUGCUUCGAGUGAUUGGCAGGGGCAGCUACGCCAAGGUGCUGCUGGUGCGUCUUAAAAAGACAGAGCGCAUCUACGCCAUGAAGGUGGUGAAGAAGGAGCUCGUGAACGAUGAUGAGGAUAUUGACUGGGUUCAAACAGAAAAGCAUGUAUUUGAGCAGGCUUCCAACCAUCCCUUCUUAGUGGGACUUCACUCCUGCUUCCAGACAGAGAGCAGGCUAUUCUUUGUAAUUGAGUAUGUGAAUGGUGGGGAUCUCAUGUUCCACAUGCAGCGACAGAGAAAACUUCCGGAAGAGCAUGCCAGGUUUUACUCAGCAGAGAUCAGUCUUGCCUUGAACUACCUCCAUGAGCGUGGCAUUAUUUACAGGGACCUGAAACUGGACAAUGUUCUGCUGGAGUCAGAGGGACACAUCAAACUCACUGAUUACGGCAUGUGUAAGGAGGGACUGAGACCAGGAGACACAACCAGCACUUUCUGUGGAACCCCCAAUUACAUUGCACCUGAGAUUCUGAGAGGAGAAGACUACGGUUUUAGUGUGGACUGGUGGGCACUGGGCGUCCUGAUGUUUGAGAUGAUGGCUGGGAGGUCACCCUUUGACAUAGUUGGCAGCUCUGAUAACCCUGACCAAAACACAGAAGAUUAUCUUUUCCAAGUAAUUUUGGAGAAGCAGAUCAGAAUUCCCAGAUCAUUAUCGGUUAAAGCCGCUAGCGUGCUAAAGGGAUUCCUUAACAAGGAGCCAAAGGAGCGUCUCGGAUGUCAUCCUCAGACAGGCUUUGCAGACAUAAUGGGCCAUCCUUUUUUCCGAAAUGUAGACUGGGAUCUUAUGGAGCAGAAGCAAGUGGUCCCACCCUUCAAGCCCAACAUCUCUGGCGAGUUUGGGCUGGACAACUUUGAUGCCCAGUUCACCAAUGAACCCAUUCAGCUCACACCUGACGAUGAUGAUGCUGUAAAGAAGAUCGACCAGUCUGAGUUUGAAGGCUUUGAGUACAUCAACCCUCUGCUGAUGUCGGCGGAGGAGUGUGUGUGAAUGGCCUGUCUGUUUCUGUUACGUGCAUAUCAUCGCUGCCUUUAUUUGCAUGGUCACAAACAAUCGCAAGAAAGGAAACAACAACCUGACUUCAUUUUGUUGGGACCAGAUGGAGCAUUAACUUUGCCAGACCUCUUUCACUUUCUGCCAUUUAUAACCACUAGUCCUUAAGUAAGAAAAAAAAAUCUUGAUUAUUUUUGUCAUGUAAAUCAGCACUGAUGAAAUGAAACUUAUCAGUGCCUUUACGUGUUGACCAACGUAGUUGGAAUGUCAGUUUUAAGUUUCUGGACACUGCAAACUAAAGGAAAAGAAUGACUGAUGGUACGCAGGACCUCCUAAUGUCUGAUACACCUUUUAUUUGUAUAUAUUAAAGAGAAUCCAUUGAGACAUAUAGUAAGCCAUUUUUAAACUCUA